AUGCCUCCAAGACAGUCACACAGGAGGGAUGGAGGGGACCGCUGGGAGGGAAGCAGCCUGGCCUUGGUGGCUGAGCCCACAACCCCCAGAAAAUGCCCCGACUCUGCCCCAGAGCUAGCCCCUGCAGCUGCCAGCCCCACAGCCGACCCCAGCCAGGAGUGGAAAGUGGUGAAGAUCCAACGGGUCCUCAUCAACCCCACCAGCGAGCCGAGGAAAGCGGGUCUCUCCCGCAGCGCCAGCCUCUCCGAGAAGGAGCUGAAGGAGGCCAAGGCGCAGAGCCGGAGGAUCGCGGCGCAGCUCACCACGGCUCCCGGCCCCAGCUCCAAGGGCGUCCUGCUCUUCAACCGCCGCAAGCAGCGCGUCGACGGGCUGGCCGGGGCCGGGCAUGGCGGGGGGCUGCCACUGAGCCCUGCGCCCCGGCCUCGGCAAGCUGCCAUGGAGGAGGGCGAGGGGCAGGGGAUGAAGGUGCAGCCCCGUACCCCAGGGAAGGAGCUGCAGGCAAAUGCCUCCCCGUGUCGGGAGCCACCUGCUGCAGACCAGCAGGUCCCGCUUAGCAUCUACCUGAAGGAGAACAUGGCAUCGGCUGCCACCACCAACGGUGUGCAGGAGCAGGCUGCUGGUGGGAUGGAGAGUGGGGCAGGGGGGCUCGGGGAUGUGGGAGCCCCUGUGGGGCCGAGCGCUGCAGCUCUCCCUCAGCCACAGAGCCCCGAGGAGGGGAAGAAUGGCGAGGUGCCCGGCGAGGUGCCCAGUGCGCCAGCGGGCACGGCCACGGGGACGGCAUCCCCGGCCAGUCAGGAGCAGAACGGGGCGCGGGGCCGGCAGUACUACGAGGUCCAUCUCACCCUGGCCAAGCCCAAACCGGUGAAGAACCGGACGGCCAGACCCUUCGGCACCCAGGCAUCCCCCACCAGCAGCCAGCCCACCGAGGGACCCCCAGCCACCGAGCUGCCCCCACCACCCACCUAUGCAGAGACCCUGAGCAGCCCCCCGCCGCUCACCCGUGUCCGCUCGCCCCCCGCCUACUCGGCCCUGUACCCACCCCGGGAGCAGAAGAUGCUGCCAGGUCCUCCUCUGGGCUAUGGUGGGAGUGGACCGAACCCCCUGCCCAAAACGGGGAUCCUGGAGGAGUCAGCUGCCCGGAGGGCCAACAAAAAGUCCAUGUUCACCUUCGUGGAGAAGCCGAAGCUGGGCCCCAACCCCGAUCUGCUGGACCUGGUCCAGAGCGCGGACAGCAGGAAGAAGCAGAAGGAGCAGGGGGAGCCCUGUCCCGAGGAUGAGCCUUUUGCCCUUGGGGCUGAAGCUGCCAACUUUGUCCCCAACAGCACGGCCAGGGGUGGGCAGCACCUCCCGCCGGCCGAUGAUGCUCCGGCGUGGUCCUCCUGCCUCAAGUCUCCCACCAUCCAGCCCAAGCCCAAGCCACAGCCCAGCCACAACCUGACUGAAGCGAGAGGGAAGGGGGCCGAGCUCUUUGCCCGUCGGCAGUCCAGGAUGGAGAAGUUCAUCAUCGAAGCUCCCUCCCAGCCUGAUCUGCUGCGGUCCCCAUCGCCCACCAUGUCCCUGCCUCCUUCCUGGAAGUACGACACCAAUGCUUGCCUGUCACCCAUGGUCUCCAGACACCCCUCCAAGAGUCCCUCCAGGCCUUCCAAAACCCCCCCGGCAUCUCUGUAUGGUGGCAACCCGAUAGAGAACGAGGUCUCCCAGAAGGAGCUAGAGAUCUCCAAGCACCAGCCCUACCAGCUCCAGUCUUCGCUCUUCAUCCUCUCCCCAUCCAAGGGGCCAGCGAGGUCCAUGCCCCGGGAGAUGCCUCCACCCAGACCCUCUCUUCCAGAUGCCUACCCCUACCCCCAGCAAACCUCCUGCCCGACCUCUCCGUUGCCUCCUUCCCCAGUUUGGCAUCCCACCGCUGUGCCCGGCACUGGUCAGACCACCUCCAGCCCUUUCCCUGGUGCCUCGGGGGCUCUGCCCCUGACUCACGGUAGCCGUGCCAGUCCCGGAGCCCCAACCGAGGUGCUGCUGGCCUCCCCGUGCCACCUGCUGCCACCCCGAGCAAAGGGGGGCUUCCAGGCACCCCGGCCCUCCUACUCCACCAGGAACGCCGGCAUCGAGCCACAGGAAAGGCGGCUCUCCCUCCCCGCCUCACCCCGGCUGCUGCGGCGGCACCCAGGCAGCCUGGACGGCUGGGCCAGCCCGGCCUCAGUGCCCGAGCUGGACGAGGGACCCCCCAUGUCCCCUCCGUGGAGUGAGAGGUCCCUGUCCCCGCUGCGGCAGGACGCUGACCCUCGGGCCAGCCGGCAGAUGCAAGCUCGGCUCGCCAGGAACAUCAUCAACGCUGCCCGGAGGAAGAGCUCCUCUCCCAAGGCCGUGGGGAUGGAAGGCUCCCGGCCCUUCACCCCCAUCCCCACCAGCCCCCCCAGCUUGCCCCAGUCCCCCCGGGCCGCACGGUCGGAGGGCUCCAGAGCCCUGGCCCCACAAGUUGCCCAGCUGGGGAGCCUGGGCAGCCCCUCGCCCACCCACAAAAGCCCCCUGCGAUCGCCCCGGGCAGACGGUCCCCAAUUUUGUGCCUCCCCCGGGAUGUCCCGAGCCGCCUGGGCAGAGGGUCGUCAGCUCAUGCUGCCACCCGGCGCGUCCCCCUGCCCCAUCUCUGGGCUGUCCCCCGGCCCCAGGAGCCCCCUGGCAUCCCCCGUGGUGGGUGGGCGAUCCCCGGCCAAGCGCUGCACCUCCCGGUCCCCGACGGACUCGGACGUCUCCCUCGACUCCGAAGACUCGGGGGCCAAGAGCCCGGGCAUCCACAGCUUCAACCUCUGCCCCCGGGGCUGGACGGGCAGCCUGCGGCUGAAGCCAGGGGGGCUGCCCUCGGGGGCCCCCUGCACCUCCUAAACGAGCCAGCCCCGGCUGGGCAACCAUCUCCCCAGCCCCGCCAGCCCAGGUGAUGCCACCCGCUGACCCUUCCAACCGGGAAGACCCCAACCCUCAGGGCUGUGGUCUCCCCAAAACCGGUGUCCCCGCUCCCCGGCGGAGCUGCCGUGUCCCCUCGGCAUGCCGGUGGGGUCAGGUGCCUCCCGCCUGCCCGCCAUCCCCUCGCCCUGCUCUAUUUUUACCAGCCUAACCUUUUGGGGCAGGACUGCCUGGUCAGCAGGCAGAGCAGGGAACGGGGCGGGGGGGGGGAUGCCAGCCCCCAGCACUGCCCCCCUCCCUCUGCAGCCCCUGCCCUCCAGCCAGCCCCAUGCCACACAGCCAGGAUGGGGGACAGGCUCGGUGGUCCCCUGCGAGCCCCCUGUCCCCAGCACAAGGGUGUCCCCCAGCUCUGCUUUCCGGGGGUGGGUGGCACUGAGUGGGUGCCCCAGCUGGGUACCCUCUUCCAGGCUGUCCCAGCCUCCCGAUCUGGCUGGUUUCUAUUGAAACCAGAUUUUGGGGAGGAAGAGUUAAUUUUUUAUUCUCACCCCCCCAGUUCUUCAUUGCUUUUUUUCUUUUUAAAAAACUUUUGAUGCCUUCCCAAAGAAAAUCCCCCCUAAAUCCUUCAGCGGUGACCAAAAAGAGAGCCAAAGUUAUUUAUUGAUUGCCACGUCAAGGGGACUGUUUACAGGUGCCCUCCUGCCCUGCCCAGGCGAAGAGGGGCAGCCCCAAACUGUACCCCAUCACUGUCCCCCAUCCCCACGCUCACCCCAUCCUGUCCCCACCCCUGUGGGAUGGAGGGGCACACGGGGACCCGGUGGGGGGCUCCGGCAGCCAGGGAGGG